UUGGACACACAAGGAGACUCAGGCUACUACAUCUGGAGCAUCUGUCACCAGUGGUCCAAUUACACUGUUCUACCUUGUUUAUGGUGACAGCAUUGAAAAGGCGUUUAAAGUUGUCAUUGAGAAGGACAAAGACGUCAAUGAUCUCAAGAUAGCCAUCAAGGAGAAGAGACAGAGCAUGCUCCAUAAUAUAGAUACUGCUGACCUCGUGUUGUGGAGAGUGAAUAUUCCCACACAUGAAAAGACAAAGGUCGAACUACUCAAAAGCAGCGAAGCAGAUAUCGAAAAGGAUUUAGGGGGUGUGAAGAUAGUAGAUCCAACAGCAGAUAUUAGUGAGGAAUUUGGUGCACUACCCCCCAAGAAGCAUAUCCAUGUCAUCAUCAUGCGCCUGCCUC